AGCGCAAUGUGAUAAACAAAUCGGAACGUGCAGAAUCAAUUUGGUCUUUCACUUGUGAUCAACGGAAGUAACCACUGGUGAGGAGCGUCAAGCAGAUCUUGAAAUCGGAGUAUGCGAGCACGACGCCGACAAUUGUGCUGAUUUAAAAGAGAUCGUUUGCCCAAACCCGGCCUUGAACACGAAAUGUGCAAAGACUUGCGGGCUAUGUUCAGGUUGCACAAGUUAGAAGAAGAACUUAUUGCUGUAAGAAAAACGUGGAAAGGUCCAAAGGAAAAUUUCUGCCUCGCCUCGGGAAUUUGGGUCCAAGAACAGGGUGGACACAAAUAGAGUCAGAAAAUCGUGUUUUGGGUUGGCUACGUCAAAGCGGCCGUGCAACAGAAGGGGUCAAAACUUUGAAACAAACAUGCAGGAGUAUGCGAGCACGACGCCGACAAUUGUGCUGAUUUAAAAGAGAUCGUUUGCCCAAAGCCGGCCUUGAACACGAAAUGUGCAAAGACUUGCGGGCUAUGUUCAGGUUGCACAAGUUAGAAGAAGAACUUAUUGCUGUAAGAAAAACGUGGAAAGGUCCAAAGGAAAAUUUCUGCCUCGCCUCGGGAAUUUGGGUCCAAGAACAGGGUGGACACAAAUAGAGUCAGAAAAUCGUGUUUUGGGUUGGCUACGUCAAAGCGCCGUGCAACAGAAGGGGUCAAAACUUUGAAACAAACAUGCAGAAUCCAGAGCACUUUACAGCCAUGUCUAUCUGGUUGUCGAAAGUACUUGAUGACAUUGGGGCCGGUAAGGAAACAGUAAUGGAGCGGAAAAAAACGUUUUUGGAGAGAGAAUGCAUGGCAACGUUAUUUCAAACAGUGUGUGGUUCGACAGCUCAAUAUUUCCAUUUCGGGAGUCAAUCGGAAGGGACCACCAUUCCUGGUCUCCAGUCUGAUAUUGAUGUCCUAAUUAGUUCCGGCAAAGUUAAGAUCAUGAGGGUUUGGGUAGACUGGGAGGCAGGGAUGUGUAAUUUUCUGAUGCUCCAAGACGACAUGACACCUCCGCAACAGUACUUGCUACAAGUUAUCAAAUUUUACACACCUAAGCCGGUUAUGUCUUUGUGUGAUGUAAUGUGUGAUAAUUGUGCUUCGGUAUGGGAUGACAGAUGGGCGAGGACAGAUUCUGGGGAGGUACUAAUGAGCGCUGAACGAUUUAAACAGGAUUUAGCGUAUAAGUAUAGAGAUUGCGAGUUAACAAAAAAUGGACCUUCUGUGAGUUAUAUCCCUAACUGGGAUAUAGUAGUAGCCUAUAUCGUUCCAAAACCUCUUCCUGAAAUACAACACUGGAUAGACAGAUUCAUGGGUAGACACUGGCCACCUGUGCAACUACUAGAAGCCGCACGGAUAGCUCCGUGUUUCCUGGUACCUUCCGGUCAUCCAGACAGUGAUUACAAGCGCGAAGAAUGGCGCCUGUCACCGAACCUGAUUGAACGAAUGCUAAUGUUUAGCUUUAAUCUGACACAAAUUAAAUGUUACAUUGUCUUAAAACUAAUAAAAAAAUCCUUAUUUUCUAAAGUUGUUGGAGACUCUAUAACAAGCUAUCAUUGUAAAACUAUUAUGUUUUUUACUUUAGAAAGAACACAACCUUGUCUGUGGUGCGAACAUAACCUUAUGUUUCUACUUUGGCUUUGUUUACACGAGUUAAAGAACAGCCUUAGAUUCGGAAGGCUCCCACAUUAUAUAAUAAAAGGAGUCAACUUGUUCGACGGGAAGCUCUCUAAAGUGCAGCAGAGACACUUGUUAGUGUACAUAGACUCCAUGAUAAGUAACAACUUACAAGAUAUUUUUUGCAUGGGUAUAGAUAACAUAGGAAGUCGGUUAAAAGCGUGUGAUGUAUUGCGAAUAGGAAAAACUUGCGAACUUGGGCGUGUAUGCUUACGAAACAGUAUCAGCUUAUUGCUGAUGUUCGACUGCUUGAGCAGGUUUCUGGCUAGUUUUACAUUUUACACAGAAGAGCUUGUAGGCAGUUCGUUUACAACUUUCGAGCAAGAUAUAAUGAAUAAAAUACGCACUUGUGUUGAAUACCCCACAAAUGCAAGAUUGAAAACAGUCCCUUUAAGAGUUAUUAAACGUCUGUUCUUGUUACAAAUUUCCAUUCGAAUAUCUAACCGUUUGCGACUUCGAAACGUUCUUGGCAGUGAAAGCAUAAGGCGUGUCCAAUAUUCCUUAAACUCGGAUGUAGCUUCUAGUCAUUUAAAGUUAGCUUCACAAUUAUACUGUAGUGGACAUUUUCACGCGGCAGUCAGAGUGUUGGAGGAUGUGGAUAGGAGGUAUCACAACAGGGUCAAGGCUGUAUGCGGACACAGAAUUCUACCAGAUGACCAAGAUAUCGAUACGUUCGCUAAUAUGAUAUCAAGUCACAAUGACAAAGUAUUCAGUGAACUGCCAUUCGCAUUUUGUGUCAGUUUUUUUCGGCAAGAAAUGUACUGCGCUCCUUUUAUAUUGUGGUUUGAAAUGAAUCGCAAUACCACUGCAGAGGAAGCGGCACAGAGAUAUUACAUUGAAAAAGAGUGGAUGGACUGUGCUGAGGUGGAUGCUCGUACGUUCCUACACUAUCUACAGUAUCUCACGUAUGGAGGACUCGGUGAACGUGACAAUCAGCUACAUACAUUAAGAGUCUUUGAGUGUUUUAUAAACGAUAUAAGAAACCACUCAAAGAUACAUCAUGCAGAGACUGCAAUUAACUUGCUGGGACACUGCUAUGAAAUGGAAGGAGACUAUGAAAGGGCGUUACAAUACUACGAGCUGUCGUUGCAUUGUCUCGGUACAAACAAUGCUGCUAAUUGGCACGUCCGGCGUGUUCUGCGUCUUAUAAACGGAUAAAAUACUAUAUGUUGUAUAUAUGUGCAUGAUAUUGAAAACGAACUGUACAUGCAUUGUUAAGAAAAUUAGCUUUUUCAUCAUUUACCUCGCUAUUUCAAUGUAGUUGAAGUAUUCAUAUAUUAACAUCGCUAUAUUAUUCAUGAACGGUUAUCAUUUUAUUAGGAACUUGGUUGAUCAAUAUUUGUGUUUUUGUUUUGUAUGCUGAUAAAUUUAGGUUAUAUGUAUCUGCAUAGUAAUUUGUGUUGUAAAUAUAUGUGUUGAAUGUAAUUAAGUGUCAGAAGUUAUGAGCAGCAAGUAUACUUAUGACUAUAACUCGUACAUUUACAUCCAUUGGAAAAUAAAGUAAGUUGAUCGGGAAUUCAGGAACCAUUUAGAGAUUUUGUAUUAGAUAAACCUGGAAAAAUGAAUAAAAUAUUUACCAUU